AUGGGAAAAAUUAGUUUCUUCUUCCUUCUGUUUUUGUCAAAUUUUGUUGCUUCAACCCUUGGUAAGAAGCAAGGUGAUGUCCUUGGCAAGUUUUACAAGGCCAAGCAAAAGAAUUCAGCGUUUUACAAGAGUUAUUAUAAGGCAGCAGGCGUUGAAAAUGUAGAAUUAGACAAAGUUAUUCUUCCACAGGAGGGAUUAAAAGCAAAAGAUUGGAUCAACAAAUUGCCUGGACAACCACCAGUGAAGUUUCAACAAUAUGGUGGUUAUGUUACUGUCAAUCAAUCUGCUGGUCGUGCUUUGUAUUAUUACUUCACUGAAGCUGAGAAUUCCAACGCAUUGCCUUUGCUUCUUUGGCUUAAUGGAGGUCCUGGUUGUUCUUCAAUUGCAUAUGGUGCAAUGGAGGAACUUGGACCAUUUAGAGUUAAUAGUGAUGGAAAAACAUUACACAGGAAUCGUUAUGCGUGGAACCAUGCUGCCAAUGUGUUGUUUUUGGAGUCUCCUGCUGGAGUAGGAUUUUCAUAUACAAAUACAAGCAGUGAUCUCAACACAACUGGAGAUAGUAGAACCGCUAAUGAUAAUGUUGUGUUUUUACUCAAUUGGCUCGAGAGAUUUCCCGAGUACAAGAACAGAGAUUUUUACAUUUCUGGUGAGAGUUACGCGGGGCAUUACGUACCUCAAUUGGCACAUGCAAUUCUUCAGCUUAAUAAGCUUGAGAAAAAGACUCUUAUCAAUCUUAAAGGAAUAAUUAUUGGUAAUGCUGUGAUUAAUGAUGACACAGACACAAUUGGAAUGUAUGAAUACUUUGCAUCUCAUGCCCUAAUUUCAGAUGAAACGUACCAUGACAUCCUGAAUAGUUGUUAUGAUGAUAACUACAAUCAGAGAAAGUGCGAUGAGGCAGCUGAGAUUACAAACAAAAAUUUGAACAAUCUCGACAUUUACAACAUUUAUUAUCCCCUUUGCAAGGAUGGAAAUCUAACGAAAUACCCAAAAACACCGACACCAUUGCAGAUUGACCCCUGCUCCGACAAGUAUAUUUAUGCUUACAUGAACAGGCGCAAUGUUCAAGAUGCACUCCAUGCCAACGUUACCAACCUCAAAUAUGAUUGGACAUCUUGCAGCGAUUCACUCUUUUACGACUGGAAAGACAGCCCAGUCACUAUAAUUCCUCUCCUCAAAGAGUCAUUGGCAAAUGGAGUUCGCGUGUGGAUAUUUAGUGGUGAUACAGACGGAAGGGUCCCUGUUACUUCUUCAAAGAGAUCUAUACAAGCAAUGAACCUUACAGUUGAUCAACCUUGGCGUUCUUGGUUGAAUGGAGGAGAGGUUGGAGGAUAUGUUGAGACAUAUAAAGGAGGUCUAACAUUUGCAACAGUAAGAGGCGCGGGACAUGAAGUUCCAAGUUAUCAGCCUACUAGAGCCUUAUCCCUUAUUUCUCACUUCCUUUCUGGAACGUUACCCCCUGGAGAUCAUUAAUCUAGCACAUCCUUAA